AUGGCUACCCAUAGGUUUCCACUCCAGCGUCUACCCUACGAUCUCCGUUCAGAGGUUCUGAAUACUAUGGACUACCAUGAGAUAUUCGCCCUCUCUUUCGCUUCAAAAAAGACACUGUCGAUGGUUCGAGAUCUUCGUGUAAAGCCUAAAUGGGCUCGAGUAAAUCUGACUAGUUCCAAUCAAUUAGCAGUUUUCUUUGAUUGCUGUUUUUACUUUUUCGAGCUAGAAAGGCCCGGAAGCAAAGAUCAGAUAUUGACCCUGAACGACCAUCCUGCUAGUGUUGAGAUAAUGGGUCGUGGCUAUCGUUUCGGACGCGAUACUCUACGUUUAACUUGGUCGAAUCAAGGAAGGACAAUUGGAGAAUGGAUUCAGCAAUUUUUCUCGAUUCAUCAGCGCGAUACACGUUAUGGAGUCAGCUUUGAAUCUCAAAAAAUGAAAUUUGAUGUGCAAUCUCUCCGAAAUACUUUUCCAAAGCUCAAACAGAUCUCUAUACAUUGCUCCCAAGAAGAACCAAACGAGAAUGGCAUUUCGUCAUCUGAAAAUGUUCUCAGAGCUUUUAUGCCAGAUAUUGUGGAGCUCCUAUUGUAUAGAUUGCCUCGAAAUCUUUCAAUUGGAAGUAUCGGAAUGGCGAAUUUAAAUUUUUUGGAGUUAUAUCUUAAUUCUUCUCUAUUCGAUCUAAAAUUGGAGGAUCUUCUAUCAUUGAAUGUUAGACAUUGUAUUAUCAACAUCAAUGAAUUCUCGCUGCGUGAGAUAAAUCGCUUCUUCAAGCUGUGGAUCAGAGGAUUCAAUUCGAGAUUGGGAGAUUUGCACAUUUAUGGAUACUCGAAAGCCAUCCCAGAUUGGAAUUUAUUGUUGAAGGGAUUGAAAGCAGUUGAGAAAGAAGAGAAAGAAGAGAUAGUGGAAGACGAAGAUGAAGAAGAAUCCGAAGACGAGGAUGAAGCAGGUGAAGCUGGAGCACAAGAAGUAAGAGUUGAAGCAGCAGAUGCCGAAAGGAAUCCAGAAGAUGAACCGCAAGAAGAAGUACUUGACGAAGCGGAAGCAGUAGCAGAAGAGGAGCCAGAUGAAGUAGCCGAAGACUCAGAAGAAGAUGAAGAUGACGAAGAGUAUGAAGAGGAAGAAGAAGAUGAGGAAGGUAUUGAAGAUGAAGAAUCAGAAUUAGAAGAAUAUGAAGAUGAAGAGGAGCCGAAAGAAGCCCAGAUUGCGCCAGUAGCAGCAGUCCCAAGAGUUGUACCAGUACCAAGAAUAGCGCCAGUAGUUCCAGUAGCUCCGGUUGCACAAGAAGAAGAGGUGCCAUUAGGAAAAAGAGCCGGAGCCGAAAAUGCAGAUGUCGUGAAGAAGUACAUAAUUCGAAAUUGUCUUGGUGUUUGCGCUGAAAUCGAAACUGAAUUCAACAUCACUUACUACGUAACUGUUAGUGUUAAGUUAACUGUUAAAAAGUGA